UUGUGUGUGUUUUAAAAAUAACUAUACUUCUGUAACAGAAUAAACUUUUAACUUCUAAAAUUUAAAAAAAGUAUUUACUAAGCCACAUUUUAAUAUAAAUAUAAUUAGGCAGACAUUUUAUAUCUUCCUGGAACUUUAGGGGGAAAAUUUUGUGCUUAAAGUAAAAACACUGUAUCUUUAGCAUUUUUUUAUAAAUGUUUCAGGGGAAAUACACAUCUGGGUAAAUGAUAACAAAAGGAGCUUUCUUAAUUCUAAGCUUCAAACACGUACUAAUGCAGGUUAAUUUUUCAUUUGAAGAUAAUGGAACAUUUCUUUGCAUCAGUUACUAUUCCCAGUACAAAGCACGGAUCCAGCCACGUUAUAGUGAAUACUAUAACCAUGUAAGACCUCUUGAACAAAAAUGCUUUGAGUCAGUAGCCCAUAUUUAGUCAUAAUCUCAUUCCAACAACACUUCCACGAUUGUUUCUCUACAACAAACUGCUUUUUCCAGUUGUUGAUCAAUUAAUUUAACAGAAAAGCAGUUUGUAUGGAAGGAAUUGAGACAAUAAGGAUCAGACCUGGAAUUGUGCCUGGAAGAGUGAAAAGCAAUCAUUUUGUGGUAUCUCGGAACUGUCUCCUUGUAUCUGUAAUCUCUGAUGUCCUUGGAAAACAAAAUUUAGUGGCAGAGACCAUGUGCUUGUAGGCUGUUCGGAUGAUUAACAGUUGGUAUCCUGCAUGCUAUGGAGAGUGCUAACAUCCCAAUCCAAAUCUUACAGAAGAAGUAACAUUGACAUUUCCCAGAGCACUCCCAAUUUGAGCUCUUUCCCAGGACCCUAUCAGUGAGCAAGGUAGGAGAUGGAGGAAAUACCUUUGGGAAAGAAUAAAUCAGUGUGUGUCUGUCACCUUUGACUUGUCCUAGGAAGGUACUCUUCCAUUUCUCCUUAAGAGUCUUGGUAUUAUGUGGUUGUGAUCACUGAAGAGUCUAGGCUUCACAAGAUAACUUGGUGGUUAGGCCCUUCCACUGUGUCCAGUAUUCUAGGUUAAUGGGCAAAUACUCAGAAUUUUGUAAAUCCUAUAUUACAAUUAAGGGAGAGCUCAAAGACCAGAAAGCUAUCACCAGGUUGCUCUGGCAGAAAACAAUAAACAUCAAAUCCUAGAAUAGUUGUCACUCCAGACCUUGGUUGGCUGCAUGAGGAACCCAGAAUAAUUCCUCCUCAGUUAAUUUCCAGAUGAAAAACAAAUCAAAGGCUUGAUGUGACUAGAAUUGAAAUUCUAUACCAUGUCAGCGUUUUUAAUGCUCAGUGACGAUGAGAGGGAUGAUUCUCUCAAAACUGACUCCAAGAGGUGCUUGAAUGUCAGUUUGUAUUCUGCCUGUUCCUUCCUUUGCCAGACUGCAAGGUAGCUGAGGGUAAUCUUCCACAAAUUCUCUUAAAUAAGUCUGUUUUGGAACAAAGCCAUUAUAAGCUAAUUUUUUUUUCUUUUUGUAAUCUUACACAACUUGUAAUAUACUACAAUUUGCCCACACAGUGAAGUCUCUCUUAUGGUUGAUUAGAUGUUAAAGUCAACAUCUAGGUAACACUUGCAUAUUAUCAUAAAAUAUCCUAGAAAAACCCUAAAUUGCCAGUAAAUAACCCUAUAUAGUCCAGUAUACAUAAAGUGUAUGUAUACUGCUUGCUGUAUAUAAGAGAGCACAUUUGUAAUACAUAAUUUUAUAGUCUUUCUAAUAUACUACUGUGAUAUACUAUUGUACAGUUAGAAAUAGAAUAUUUCUAAUAUACUGGGUAAGACUACUUCAAUUGCUUGCUUAUAGUAGCAUAGUUAACUACACAAACAAACAAACAAAAAACAACAAGAGCAUAGAGUUUGGUGGUUAAGACUGAAGAUUCUGCAGCCAGACUAACCAGGUUUGAAUCUCCGCUCCAUCGUGUACUAGCUGGGUGAUCACAGCUAAGUGAUUUAGCUUUCCUAGGCCUCAGUUUUCUCAAGUGUAAAGCGGGGGUAAUUAUAGUACCUAUGCACCAGGUUGUGAGGAUCAAAUGGGGUAAUACAUACAAAGCACUUAGAAUACUGUAAGUGCUUCAAGUCACAGGGUCACAAGAACUAAAAAAGCCUGCAAACCAAGCACUUUCUCUGUGACCCUGAAUCAAAGAGUUAAUAGCUUUGUAGGGUACUCUGUUAUUUCAGAAUUUUUUUCAGCUUUUUUAACUAUUUAUUUUACCUUUUCACUUACCUUCCUCAGUGUAGAAAACAUGGGAAGUACAAAACAGUGAGGGUAGGGGUUUUAUAAUCCUACUGCCAAGCUAUCCUUGCCUACAUUUUGCUGUGUUUCCCUUCAAUCUUUUCUAUUUUUCUUUCCAUACUUAAUUUUAUGUUUUAUAUUCUCAUUUUCUUCUUGGUAAUAAAGGUUAUCUCCCAUGUCAAUAAUGUUUGCGGUAAUGAAUUAGAUUUUCUUGGGUGUAGAGACCCAUUGUCAUCUUUGACUUCUAUCCAGGGCCUUGGUUUGCACCUGAUAGUAAGUUUACUGAUUUGAACUGGACAGUUUUGGGCUGCAAUUCAUGAAGAGCAGCAUGGUUGUUCCUGGCUAUCUUGAUUGACAUGGAGGAAGGGGUAGUAAAUGAAAUUCUGCAGGGACCAUUGAGAGAUGUGUUUGAUAGCAAGCAGCUCAUCACUGAUAUUUCUGGCUCAGGCAAUAAUUGGGCUGUGGGGUACAAAGUUUUUGGCAGUCUUUAUCAAGAACAGAUUUUAGAGAAACUCAGAAAGUCGGCAGAGCACUGUGAUUGUUUGCAGUGUUUUUUUAUAAUACAUUCCAUGGGAGGAGGAACAGGAUCUGGACUUGGCACAUUUCUUUUAAAGUUGCUUGAGGAUGAAUUCCCAGAAGUAUACAGAUUCGUGACAUCAGUUUAUCCUUCUGGUGAGGAUGAUGUCAUAACCUCACCUUACAAUAGCAUCUUGGCAAUGAAGGAACUUAAUGAGCAUGCAGACUGUGUGUUGCCCAUUGACAACCAAUCUUUAUUUGACAUCAUUAGCAAAAUUGACCUCAUGGUGAAUUCUGGAAAGUUGGGCACAACUAUAAAGCCAAAGAGUCUGGUUACUUCAAGUGCUGAGGCUGUCAAAAAGUGGCACCAGAGGCCCUUUGAUGCAAUGAACAACAUUGUGGCCAAUUUGCUGCUGAACCUAACAAGCUCUGCAAGGUUUGAAGGGUCCCUUAAUAUGGACCUUAAUGAAAUCAGCAUGAAUUUAGUUCCUUUUCCUCAACUGCAUUAUCUUGUGUCAAGCCUAACACCUCUAUAUACACUGGCAGAUGUUAACAUUCCUACCCGAAGGUUGGAUCAGAUGUUUUCAGAUGCCUUUAGUAAAGAUCACCAGCUAAUUCGGGCUGACCCCAAACAUAGUCUCUACCUCGCCUGUGCCCUUAUGGUUAGAGGAAAUGUACAGGUUUCAGAUCUUCGCAGAAAUAUUGAAAGAUUAAAACCUUCUCUACAGUUUGUCUCCUGGAAUCAAGAAGGCUGGAAAACCAGCCUGUGUUCAGUCCCUCCUGUGGGCCAUUCCCAUUCAUUAUUAGCUCUAGCAAAUAACACAUGCGUGAAGCCUACCUUCAUGGAACUGAAAGAGAGAUUCAUGAGGCUCUACAAGAAAAAGGCUCAUCUUCAUCACUAUCUACAAAUUGAAGGGAUGGAAGAAAGCGGUUUCAUGGAAGCUGUGUCAUCUUUAUCAGGGCUCAUAGAGGAAUACAACCAACUGGAUGCCACGAAAAGCAUGCCUGUGGAAGAUUUUCCUAGACUAAGCAUAGCUGUGUAAAAAAGAAACCCCAAGAUACAACUUUUACUUUUCUUAAUUUUACACUGGAAUUUGUCACCUUUUCUUUGUUUCAGAAUUUUUGUGAUUCAGAAAACCCAGUUUGCACUUUUCCUAUUAGAAAGCAUUUUUGUCUUUAAAAAAAAAAAAAAAGUGAUUUUCAUUUCAUCACAAUUUGUGGGUGAUACCAGUCUGUGAAAUUAGUGAAGUCCUACUACCUUAACUUCAAACAUUUGUCUUCAGGAAAAUAGUUCAAUACUUUUACUUACAGUCUCAUAUUUAGGCAUUAAUACAAUGAUAACCAUGUCUUCAAUAAAAAUCUUAUAAGGUAUAUUUUUA